AUGAAUAAAGAAUCAAAGAUUGUGUGUAUGAGUGUGUUUGUGAGAGGGUACACUUUGUGUGUGACAGGCACAGUGAUAGCCGCAAUGAUUUCGAUAUUAUUGUCUGCGGAAGGUUACCUGCGUUCAAUAUUAUCUACGCCACUAAUAAAGAAGACUAUUGUGAUGGAUGGUCCAAUUGAUAUAGAAAGUGAUUAUUCUCUGUGUACUUAUGAUUUUCGUGAGGAUCGGUUAAAGUGGGAAGUAGAGAACCGUCGAUUGUUUUUGUUUGGUAAAUAUAUGGAAUGGAGUCCUCGCGGUUUACCUAGUUCGUUAACAUCUGAGGAGUUUAGCAAUAUAAACGAAAUGGAUAGUGGGAAGGGAUUUAGUCUGUUGUAUCUGCGCAAUGUGUGUUACGACAGUGAAUCAUCUCGAAUUGUACUAUUUGGUAAUGAGGUGGACAAGUCUUUGCUGUUUGGGAUGAUGAAGAAGCUUCCUCGAGAUGAUUUUUUCGCUGUUGUGGACGGCGUUUACCCCAAAGCCGCCGAAUGGAAAGAAAUCAGCUCGAUCGGCAGCUACAUGUUCCUAACGGACGACGCGAUGGAUCUCAUAUCGCAGUUUGCCUCGCUGAAUUUCCUCGCCCACUUCGCCCUCCACAGCACUCGCUACCCUGCCCUUCUCCACGCCCUUCUUCCCUUUCUGAGCGAAGCCAAAGACUCGGACACCUACGAAUAUCUCUCCAUUCUGCAGUCCUUCUACCCCUCCACGCACGCCUUCGAUCUUUUCUACCGUUCCGACUUCCCUUCCGGUCUUUCCUGCUUCCGCGAGCUCACGAUCCCCACGCUAAUUCGUUAUGCGAACGAGGGAUCGAUCCAUCUCGAUCUCUACGAAGCCGACACGGUUCGAAUCGCCGCGUAUCGCUACUACCACAUCUACGAGAAGUUCCCAACGCCCACGUCGGCAGUGGUUCUGCACGUGACGUAUCGCAAAGACGAGCAAGGCGAUGUGGGGAGCAUCAGCAACAUGGAUGAACUGCGCCGAUUGUUCCAGCGAAAAGUGGCGGUAGGGACGAAGAGGCGCGGUGAAGCGUAG